CGACUUCAGUUUUGCCGGUUGGGACCAUGACAAAAUGUAGUGACUGUUCAGAGCGAGGUAAAGUUUAUUCAUUUGUUACUGUAACGUCGUGUAUAAAUGACUCCGUGCAUACCCUGCGAUUUAUUUGAAAACAGAAGACAAUUGUAACAGCAUUUGCUCGAUGACACUGACUGGGUCACCCGAGAAACUUACACAACUUGAAAUUAUCUGCGGAAGUUACGUUCAGCUCCAGUACAUCGGAACCGCCACUAACACCAUACAAUCAGUACAAUGGCGAGUAGCGAUAGUUACGCAACGAUCACAAGUACUCUAUCUAGCGUGAAAUUCCAACAGAGAAAGGUCAAGAACGGUAAAAAUGACAAGACAAAAUCUAAAAAGAAGACCUCCAACAUGGAAUGUACGCCAGUCGUUGUUGAUUUUCGUCGUUUGUUUCAAAGCUCCAAGAGUUCCCUCGAUGUUAUACCAGGGGUUUCAAAUAAGCACCUACUACACACUGUAGUAGCUUUAUAUGAUAACAGUCUGCCAGACAUUACUCCAGAAGUGUUAUACGCAACAGUGUGUGAUAAAUGGGCCAGGACAUUAUUACUUCUCAGGGACACUCAAGAUGUAAUAGCUGAGAUAAAUAGCCGAGAAUUUGAUAAGAAAGAGAAAAGUGAGCAAGAACCCAUUGUGAAUGGAGACAUAGAGAAAGAUGAUAAGGAGGAGAAAGUUGAAAAGGAGGACAAAGAAGAAGAAGCACGUGUCGGUAGAUUUGCUGAUGUCUUCAGUGAUACUGAUAGUGAAGAUGAAGAAGACGAUGAUAGUGAAAGUGAGGAAGAAGAUUACUCUGAAGGCAUUGGGGAUUUUUUAAAAGUUGUGAGAAAAAGAAGGAAAAACAGAAACUCCAGGAAAACACAUGAUCAAGAUAUUCAGCCAGAGUUUGUGGGAAUUGAAAAUAGACUGGUUGGGUGUGCAACAUGGGAAAAGUCACAUGUGAGACCCGGCGAAAAAAUAAUCCAGAUUGAUUUAUUAGUUGUGAGGAAAAGAUACAGAAAGUGGGGAAUUGGCAAAUAUUUACUGCAGAGCAUGAAAGACACAUCACUGGUCGGUUUAUACGAUUCAAUAGUAGUUUACGCGGACCAUUCUGCGAUGGAUUUCUUUGCAAACUAUGGUUUCAGUGAUGAUUAUGUCCUUAAUAGUAAAUAUAAAGAAAUUGCUGAUAACUGGACAAAUAGUACUUUAAUGUGUUACAUUCCACCAUUUACAACCCAGACAGUGCUUGGUGAAACAGACCAUGAAUUCGAUCUGAAACUGUUGGAUCUUGAAAUGCAGAAAUGGUCAGAAAGAAGCAAAGAGGCGUACCAGGCACAGUAUGCAUGCAUGGCUAGAAUGAAGAAUGAAGUCAUCGCUCUCAAAGCAUUGGCCGCUUCACAACAAGACGUCAUAUCAUACCUACAGAGUGAAGUCACAAAUUUACAGAGAUCCAAAUUCAAAAUGGAAAAAGAAUUUCUACAAUACCGGUUGUUGACAUUAAAGACAGGACUCUCAAGCUCGUUAAGUGGGGUUCUUGCUGAUGCAUAUGCAGACGAUGAGAGUGGCGAAGGUUUAAUUAGUGAUCUUGAGAAACAAGUUGAUGUCUUGAAAAUAGCCAAGAAACACAGCGAUGACAAUCACAUACUUGCGAAUGAGAGUCACAUUGUGUCCUCUAUCGGUGAUAAUGCACAACAGUUAUCAGUUUACCAAAAUGACGAUGGUGAUAAUGACACGGAUGAGGAUGAGGAAGAGGAAGAUGACGAGGAGGAGGAGGAUGAAGAUGAGGAGGAGGAUGAAGAGGAGGAGGAGAAGGAAGAAGAAGAGGAGGAAGAUGGUGAUGAUGAAGAUGUUAAUGAUGAUGUGUUGUAUUCUCCCAAUGAUUGGGAAGUCAUGGAAGAAUUCAAAAUCGGCAUGACAACAGAUGAGAGAGUGGAGCAGGAUUGUGAAAUUACUUUGUUAACAAAGGCCAAUUUAACACUGAGUGCAAAGUCAAUAUUUAAGAGUAGAAUAAACAGUUUAGUAGAUCCAAGCAUGUGUACAAGACUUUACUACUGUGGAAGCUUAGAAAGACCAUAUAGGACACAAUUCAAUCUCAAAAAUGGAUUCUCAGAGCAAGAUUUUUCUCAUGGUAAAUAUGGAGUUGGUUUAUACUUCUCUCAGUAUCCGUAUAAAGCUGCUCAGUUCUCUGAACUUGGAAAAAUAUUAGUUGCCGAGGUUGGUCUUGGUAAAACAGAAACUGUUAUCAACAAGGAAGUGACUCGAUGUAAACCUCCGGAAGGAUACGACUCAAUACUGACUCCUGGGCGUUUAUCACGUGGUAUAGGCGAUCUAUCAAGUGGACCAUGCCAGGAGUAUGUGGUGUUUCAUGCCUCGCAAGCAUUGCCGCUUUACCUCAUAGAGUACAAAAUGGUGUGA